AUGCGCGACGCCACCCCGCGCCCGUGCAACGUGUGGGUCUUCUGCCCCGCGGCGGGCGGCUGCGCGGGGGGCCGCGAGCCGCGAGGCGCGUGCUGGCUGAAGCAUCAGCCGCGGCCUGAGAACCCGACGGGCCCCGCGGACGCGCCGGAUAACCCGUGGACGUCCGGCAGCAUGGCCGCGCCCGCGGACGUCAGGGGCGAGCGCGGCGUCCACAAGCGGUUCCACGUCGUCGUCACGACGAACGCGAACCCGUACCAGGCGUGGCAGGUCCGGACGAUGCACUACUGGUACCUGAAACAAAAGGCGAAGCAAGACCCGAGAGACGGGCAGAUGGGCGGGUUCACGCGCGUGUUGCACGACCAGCCGGACGGGCUCAUGGACGAGAUCCCGACGUGCGUCGUCGAUCGCUUGGACGACGAGAUGGGGUUCGUCGUGCUGUCGCGUCCGAACGCGUUUAAGCAGUUCUUCGAGAAGUGCCCGGAGAUCGAGGAGGACUACAUCCUCAUGGCGGAGCCGGAUCACCUGUACCUGCGCCCGCUGGACAAUCUGAUGAACGGCCGGACCCCCGCGGCGUUCCCGUUCUUCUACAUCGAGCCCGCGAAGUUCCCGACGCUGGUGCGCAGGUUCAUGGGCGACGUCACGAUCACGGACGCGGACCUCGCGGCGAUGGACCCGAUCGGCUCCUCCCCCGUGUUCAUCCACAAGGACGACCUCCGUAAGAUCGCGCCGACGUGGCACGACGUCACGGUGAAGAUCAAGAGAGACCCGGAGGCGAACAAGGAGUGGGGGUGGGUCCUGGAGAUGUACGGGUACACGAUCGCGUCGUGGCUGAGCGGCGUCCGACACGAUCUGCGGCCGAAGCUCCAGGCGCAGCCGCCGUGGGAUAAGUCCGUCUCCGACUUUUACAUCCUGCACUUCACGUACGGCAACGACUACGACCUGGACGGGACGUUCACGCCCGGCAAGAUGGGGAAGUGGCGGUUCGACAAGAGGACGUGGACGCAGGGCGCGCCGGAGAAUAACCUUACGAGACCGCCCGCGGGGAUGGACAACGAGCUCGUGCGGUUCCUCGUGGACGCGGUGAACGAGGCGAGCGCGAGCUUGCCGCACUGGGACGACCCGACGGGGAUGAAGAGGCUGGGGGGGAAGCCCGCGGGGCAGGGGCUGCGGAGGAAGGACACGGCGUCGGUGUCCUCGGGGCGGCCCAGAGCGGGGGGGAGGAGGGGUGGCGGGGGAGGCGCCGCCUCGGCGUCGACCCCGCGAACGACGACGGCGGCGACGGGGUAG